UAUUCGUUCCCCAUCAUCACUGCCAUGAAGCUGUGGCUCGCGUGGUUUUCGGUCUUGGUGGCCGGUGUGGCUUCCCGCAGCAUCGAGCAGUGCGCCGAAUCCAGCAGCCUACGUCAACUGCACGUCGUGUAUCGCCACGGUGAUCGCACGCCGACGUCACUCUACCCCAAGGACCCCAACAGUCCCAGUGACUUCCCCGAGGGACUUGGUCACAUUACGCACAAAGGAAAGAAUGACCAGUACAACCUGGGGAGGUACCUUAGGGUCAAGUAUGAAGAUUUUCUUUCAUACGAUCCCAAUGAGAUGAAGGCCAGGAGCUCCGGUCGGGAACGGUGUCUGGAAAGCAUCCAAACAAACCUCGCCGGUCUCUACCCUCCGCGUGGCAAGAAAGUCUGGAACAGCGAAGUGGACUGGCAGCCGGUUCCCAUUCAGACCAUGCCUGUUGACUUGGAUGGCAUGCUAUACGAGGACGCUAUCUGUCCCAAGGCCGAGGAAGAACUUGACCGUAUUCGUCAGUCCCCCGAGGGUGCUGAAGUGUUGAACAGCAACGCUAAUCUAAUGAGGACCCUCCAGGAAUUAUCCGGCAAGAAGAUGAAUGAUUGGGUCAGUGUUCGUGACCUGCUGGACACGCUCACAAUUGAGAGGAGUCGUGGCCUCAAGAUUCCUGACUGGGCCCUGCCACUGUGGGGAAACAUGACAAAGGUGGCCAAGUACACCACCAUCCUCAACUACAAAAGUCCCACGUACAACAAGUUCCGUGCCGGUCUUCUCAUUCGAGAUAUCGUGAGGCAUGCCGAUCAAGUUAAAGACGGCAACUCCAACGUGAAGCUGUACAUGUACGCAGCGCACGACGUGGCCAUUGCCGCCUUCACGUCCGCCUUUGGAGUCUUCAACCAGCUGGCCGUCCCGUCGUCUACCGCGGUCAUUACGGAACUGCACGAGGAUGCCAACGGCAACUUCUUCAUCCAAAUGCUCUUCAAGAACGACACGACUCGCAAGCCGUACAGGCUCGAGAUUCCGGGCUGUGAGGGCUUCCGCUGCUCGCUGACCACCUUCAAGGAUCUGGCCAAGCCGUACAUCCCCGACGACUGGAGGAAGGAGUGCGGUCUCGAGACGCUCCCCGGAGGCAUCGACCUGUUCCCCUGAGCCGACGGCGUUCUGCUCAACUUCUCAGCAGACCGAGGGAUUCGCUCGCCUUUACUGAAUGCUUGUACCUGUACAUUAUUAAAAAAUAUAUUUUUUUCGACGAU